AUGCUUGCCCGGAGCGCAGGCUUUCGACCAGCCACCACAUUCCGGCGCGGUCUGCAGCUUCCAAGACGCCCUAUACAUCUAUCGACGCCUCGGCUUCAGCAGCUUCGCCCCAAUGGAUGGAUAGGCAAACUUCGGUAUCGACCAGAUGGCAAACAACGGUCGAAGUUGGUUGGUGCCGCCUUUGGCACCCUCCUUCUCUUCAAUGCAAUCACGCUCUUUACCAUGGAUGACCUCGUCGAGGACAGUGAAAUAGCGCUGGGACUCCUCGCAAGCAUCAUCUACCUUCAAAAGGCUGACAUGGGUUACGAGCACGUCAAUUUUGACGACUCUAUAUCCACAUUAUCGUAUUUCAAGAUUCUCUAUCAGUCCUUUUCCCGGUUACCCUGGGAAGAAGUCGACGAACUUUUCAAGGACCUCACGCGCCUAAUGAAGGCCGGAGGGUCAAAAAACAACGCCGAAGGGGAGGCCCACCGUAUCAUGCGGACGGCUGCAGAGCAAAUCCAUCACGCCUUCCAGGACCUGAACCAGGAAUCCAUAUCAAAUUCGGCCAACUAUAUUUUGAUCGUCAUGCGAGACGCUUUGGAGGCCCUCAUCGACCUCGUGCAGGACAGCGAGGACGAGGAUAGCGACACCAAAUAUACAUUCCAGCUCAUCCGCGACAGCUCGAAGAAGGACCCUGGGGCAGUAUUGAAGGAUUAUGAGUCUCUCGGAUAG